CCUCCUUGGACCCAGUGAUGGCAGCAGAGCAGGUGGCUGCAGGGGCUUCGUGUGUGAGAGUGGAUGAUUUCCCUCGAAGGGGAGGGGUGAGGUUGGCAGCCUCCUGGGAAACGUCACGUCUGAGGAAAAGAAGACAAGUAGCAGCAGCGAAAGGCAGAGAUAAGCACCCUUCAGACUCCAGCAGCCUCUGGCUGAGCUGAUCAGAAGAGAAAGGAGACAGUGAGACUGGUGCCUGAACUCUGUGGUGGGGACUCAGAGGGUGACAGCUCCUCCUUUGGGUCUUUAUCAGUGAAGAAGCUCGACCUGCCACCUUCAAGAAUACGGAGUCUGUAUUUCACACUCGCCACACCCCCUUGCAUCAACAGAGAAAGAGAGAGUUGUACUUUUGAUGCUCCAAGCCUGAUCUUCCCCAGCCCCCUACCCACUUCUAAUCCUUUCGCUACUUCUUUUCCUACAAGAGACGACCCACUCCAACCUCCGGCAUCACCAUGUCGAAGAUGCUUCCGGCCCAAGAGGCAGCCAAAAUCUACCAUACCAACUAUGUGAGGAACGCCAGAGCCAUGGGAGUCCUGUGGGCACUCUUCACACUCUGCUUUGCUGUGAUCAUGGUGGUGACUUUCAUCCAACCCUACUGGAUAGGGGACAGCAUUGACACACCACAAGCUGGCUACUUUGGUCUUUAUUCCUAUUGCAUUGGCAAUGCCCUCACAGGCGAGCUCAUUUGCAAGGGCAGCCCGCUGGACUUUGGCACCAUUCCCUCCAGUGCCUUCAAAACAGCCAUGUUUUUUGUGGGGGUCUCUACCUUCCUCAUCAUUGGCUGUAUCCUCUGCUUCAGUCUCUUCUUUUUCUGCAAUGCAGCCACCGUCUACAAGGUGUGUGCUUGGAUGCAGCUGGCAGCAUGUGCUGGUUUGGCAAUUGGUUGCAUGCUCUACCCUGAUGGUUGGGACUCCCCUGAAGUGAAACGGAUGUGUGGAGAGAAGACAGACAAGUACACACUGGGAGUGUGCACUGUGCGCUGGGCAUACAUCCUCUGCAUCAUUGGGAUCCUUGAUGCUCUAAUCCUCUCCUUCCUGGCAUUCGUACUUGGCAACCGGCAAGACAAUCUUCUUCCAUCUGACUUCCAAGUGGAAAAUAAAGAAGAAGGAACUGAAUGAAGAUGAAGAAUAGGGCAAUCUUAAGACUUUGAUUGAAAUGGGCAUACCUGCUCCCAGCACUGAGCCAAGUUAAAAGGACUCUUUGAGAUCCAUGGCAGCCAGGCACAACCCCAUACUUCGAUUUUUAAAAAGUUGUCCAUUCUGACUGUGGAAAAGAGACCUCAAAGAGAAGCUUCAAAGGGGUGGGUGAAUCUUUCAAAAUCCCCUCCUUCUUUGUAUUGGAACUUCAGAUUUUCCAAACACAGAACUGGCAUUCGCACCUGGAGUCCGUAGGUAGCUACUUAGACACCAGAAUCCUAGCAGGGUCUACUGAUGCUUUUUCUUUACUUCUGCUCUUUCAAUUGCCCACAGAAUACCUCUGAUGUAGGGUUUCUUAUGGGUACCACGAAGAAAUAAACAUGGAAAGUGGACCCAGCCAACUGGUGCUACUUUGAAUCACUAUUUCCAUCCAUUAUCAGAUAAACCCUAUAGGAAUAACUGGUAUGUGUUGUGGGGCAUGACAAAGCUUGGAGAGUUAUUGUGGACUAAAUUCCCAGAAGCUACAAGCUAGCUUGGUUUAGAGAUUAAUCUGGCUAGGGGAAUAUGGAAGUUGUAGUGCAAAUAAGAAAUUUCCCUAGGCUCAGUGAUCACUUCUAAUCUGCCCCUGUUCAAAACAGAUGCAAAACAUUUUCAUGGAGAGAACCAUAAACAUUCUAAUGAAGACACCAGUAAGUUCAUACACUUUUUAACUGAGCCAUUCAGCCAGGAGACAAUGCAGACCUGCAAGAUAGUAAGCAGCCUGUAGAAAAUUAUCUGCUUUAUUGGUUGCACUUCUCACAGGAAAGGUCCUUACAGAAUUGAUCCUGCACUAUAGACUACUGUUGAAAUUGCCUCUUUUCAUCCGGAUUCAUGUGAAGUAUCAGAAUGUAGUUGUUUGCCAUGCUU